GUGUUAAGAGAACUACAUUAUUGCAGCCCUAGAGACGAUGAAAGGUGAAAGGUCAAUGAAUUUUUCAUUUCGCUUCCUCAAAGAAUCGGAAAGUGAACCGGAACCUCAGAGAAGAUCCAUAAAAAUGGCAUCCUGAAAUGAACACACAUAAAUAAACGUAAUACGUUGAUAAGCACGAUGCCAUCCUGUAGGUCUCACGAACAAAAGAUAUAAUCUCACAUUUUAACUUGAAGCAGUCAAACCAGUUGGCCACGAUGGAAGGAAAGCGAUUUGAAGACAUUGUCCGACGAUUGAUCUUUAUUCAGCUAUUCCUUACAUCAGUUUGCGUUGGCUCAUCGCCAUGCAUGCCUAAGACCGACCGUCUCGGGCGCUACACGGUCAUAGGCGGUGGCGGUAACCUCUGGUCGAUGGGUGUUCCGAGUGGGUCUAGGAUUCAAGUCUCAGUAAGAUGCGAUGCGGGUGCUAUCGCACAACAAUCUGUGACGUCACAAUGCUUAAAUGGAACAUGGAUUUCCCCCUGGCCUCGAUGUGAGAAACCUUGUCCAGUACCGAUCAACAGAGGAGAGGUUCACCAGUUUGUGAAUGGAGAUGUGACGAGGCCAAUAACUAGGUACUAUACCCCUUUCACCUUACCUGAUGGCACCCAGCUAGUUGCUAGAUGUAGAGACCCUGGCAAGUUUAGAUUGAAUGGCGAUCAAAGACGAACUUGUGAAGGAGGACAGUGGACCGGGGUAGAACCAGAAUGCCAACCUGUACAAACAAAAGUCUUAUUCCACGGCGCAUCGCGUGAGGUAGCCAGUAAUGGGACAGUCGUGGUGUACGUGUAUCGUGGAAGUCCCAGGCAUCUUAAUGUACUCUGCAGACUGACAAGUCUAAGCUUAAGACCUCCUCGACUGACAACUCCUCUUGUGAAUGACAGAGACUUACCGCAUUCGCACUGGUUGUAUACUCAUAAAAAAAGGCUGAGUCCGAUUUCUACUGAUUUCUCUGGCAUGUAUACAUGCAGUGGGUCGUCAUCAUUUCACAGCGUACAUGUGCUGUUUAAAGCUGCUGAAUGUGACGUCCCUGCGGCUCCAGAGCACGGGAGGUUACUAGAUGGUUCCAGACAGCAGCCCGGAGAUAUCUUUCCAUCUGGAACUUCGGUUUCAUUCGAAUGUGCAGAAGAUUACCGCCUGGUGGGAUCUAGGAGCAUCACAUGUGAAAAGGGUCAAUGGUCGGAUGAUCCUCCCGUAUGUACAGCGAGCAGAUGCCCGGAGCUCACCAUACCAGACCAUGCUAUCAUGGAGGGUGUCUAUGGCUACGGGAGGGACAGUGGAGAUGAGAGGAUCUUCCACUGUAAAGAGGGUUACGUUCUACGAGGUGAUACCAACAACCUGCGAUGCUUGGAGAGUGGGGUGUGGUCGGAUCCCUUACCCACCUGUGAAGCCGUUGUUCAUCAAGUGUCACCGUGUGCGAGCGUGCGCUGUGAAUCAUGGCAGCGAUGUGAAGCCACGGGACCAAACACUACAAUCUGUGGCUGUAUCAAUCCAGCAUCAUGCCUGACAUCAGGGCCGACUGUCUGCGGUACAAACGGAGACUAUUACCGCAGUGAAUGCCAUCUCAAGGCCCAUGCCUGCUUACAUGACCUCCAGCUAGAUAUCGCAGAGACCCACCAUGGAUGCAUUUAUG